GUCAAACUAACUUUAAAUAUUCAAAGUUCAAUAACAAUCGUAUGCUGAACCGCUGCGACACGUUUUAUUUUGAAAAUCGCGGGCGGAAGUGGUGUUUCGGCAGUCGGCGGCUGGCACAGAGGCGGGCGGGUCUCAGAAGCAUCCGAGCCGCGGAGCGACGACACCGAGCAGAGACACCGACAGCUCACACGUCUGUACUCGAGUUCAAGAGAAGAGCUGCACCCAGAGAGAAGAAACUAACAAAAAAAAAAAAACACGAGGACGUUUAUGUGUUUAUGCAAACAUUUAUUUUGGAGGGGGUCUACAAAUAUGCUGCUGUGUUCACGCGGUGAGAGGAGAAGAGGCCAGCCUUAGAAUAAAGAGGACAGGGGACAGGGGACAGGGGACAGAGGAGGAACACCCGUCGUGGACUCUCUCAUCGUGCCUUCACACCUUUUCUUCUUCGUUUCUUAAACCUUUCGGACACUUCACGCAGUCCAAAUGGAAGCCAGAGGAAAGUAUGACUUUAACGCGACAGCAGACGACGAGCUCAGCUUCAGAAAGGGCGACAUACUGAAGAUCUUAAGCCCGCAGGAUGAGUGGUAUAAAGCCGAGAUGAACGGACAGGAAGGAUUCGUACCACAAAACUACAUCGAGAUGCAGACCCCAAGGUGGUUUCAGGAGAACGCCAGUCGUAACGCUGCAGAGGAACUCCUGAGGCACAAAGAUGUCGGAGACUUUGUGAUCCGAGGGUGUCAGAGCUCCCCGGGAGACUUCUCCAUCUCCGUCAAACACGAGAGCGACGUUCAGCACUUCAAAGUGAUGAAAGACAACAAAGGCCAGUACUUCCUGUGGUCGGAGAAGUUCACCUCCCUAAACAAGCUGGUGGAGUUCUACAAGAACACCUCCAUCUCUAAAACCAGGGAGAUCUACCUGAACGACAGCAGCCUGGACAGUAAGAGCCCCAACUCGGCCCAGUCGAUGAAGAGGGGAAGUUUGCCCGAACAGCGUAACACAGCUGCAGCCAUUGUUGCCACACCGCGCAGAGCUUCAGACCAGCCUCACAACCAGCUGGCGAAGAGAGUUGGUCUGGAGGAGCGAGCUCACACCAUCGGUCACACAGGGAGAAGCAGCCCCGUCAGCUCUGCCUUUGCUCCACGUCGGCCAUCUGAAACGAUGCCUCUGCCUCAGAGGGCGUCCUCGAUGCAGGUGAAGGCGCUGUACAACUUCACCGCAGAGGAAGACGACGAACUCGGCUUCAGCGCUGGGGAUGUCAUCGAAGUGUUGGACUGCUCUGAUGAGUCAUGGUGGAAAGGGAGGCUGCGAGGGAAGAGUGGGCUGUUUCCUGCCAACUACACGACACAGCUGUGAGAAAACACCCCGGGCGAUGCACCUACUACACCUGCACACAUGACAGACUCGCUCUGCGGGUGCAGCGGCCCUGAAUUUGUGAUUUUCGAACAUAAACACUGAGCAGACGGUGACUCGUCUAAUCUCUGCACCACAUAUUCAUGAAGACGUCGGUGCACAAAGGGCUGAGUCAGUGUUUUCAGAUAUAUAUUCACAUGUACGCUGCCACUCAGUGCGGUGCUGGUUCAGGUUUUAUUAUUUACAAAAUAGAGACUGUCUCGGGAACUCUGAGCUUCUGCAGGUGGCACAGAGGAAUGUGUGAUCAUUUAUAUUGACACGUCUGACAGCAGGUAUUUAUUCACAUAUUCCUCAUCGGCUGGUCUGCUGAUGGAUCGACUGUAAUCCAGCUGUUUGUGCUCAUGGUGUAAGUGUAGAAAGAUUGAGUGUGAAUGCUUCUGUGUAACUUCCUCGCUGCUCACUGACUUGGAAAUAAAAUAUUUUUUUAAUCACAGA